AGUUGAGCCCAUACAUUCUUAAAUUCUUUUCCCAAACUUCAAUAUAUUUCGCCGUUCCAUGUCUCAAAUCAUCGGAAGCCGAGUGCUUAACUUCGUCAUUCAUUUAACCCCGAACAUCAACCCUUAUCAGGCAACAGCUGAUUAUGUCGAUACCUUCCUCCUGCCAUGUCCUCUGCCGUCUUGGUCCCUUUACGUGCAAGGCUUUCUGGUAUUGGAGUUGAUAAUAAUGUUCCUUCAAUCAGCCUACAUUAUCUAUCGUCGCUCCAAGACAAAGAAAAUGUAUCAUAUUAGUUUGAAUGCAGUGGGACUCAUACAACUUGAUCGUGCGAACCACUGUGGAUUGUGCUACUUGCUAUAUAGUAUAUUUGCAGUGGCAGAGAUCGUUUGUUACCAAUUCGCACAAUCUGGUCAUUUGGACGAGGGAUGGCCAAAUUUCUUACUAGGCAUCAAGGUUUUAGUUUCGAUUGCAUGUGCCAGAGUGAUCUUAUGGCUGUGCAUCUGUCAUUUUAUCUUUGUCAGACAGAGAGCUGUCUCAGAAAAUUUAGCCCCAAAGGGACGAUUGCUCUCAACCACUGCAACAUGGGCACUGAAUAUAUUUUUGGUAAUAAUCAUCUUAGUACCAAGUGCAGUCAUUGUCACCGUUUGCUCCCAACUUACCCAUGAAUAUGGUCGUGUGAGACAAGUGGUGAUGCCUGUCACCCAACAUCUCCGGGAUUUGGCGCACAAUUGCACCUCGGGAACAUGUAGUGUGACUCAUGUUGCAUCCCAAGUUAUUGUACUCGCGCGCGUCAUGCAUCACAUUGAUCGUUUGGUAUAUGACACUACGGUCAGUGUAUACUUUUAUGUGCUAUGUGAUGCAUUGACUUUUUUGUUUUAUGUCCCAUUUGUAUAUCUAUUGUUUCAAAGCUUCAAGACUCAAAGAGGAUUGGAUCAUUCGACAAAACGACAAACAGGUGGUGUCUUUUCAAACACCGUGAUAGAAUUGGCAAUGAUAUUCUUACGUGUCGUGUUAGGUGCCUGUACAAUUCGUUUGAUUCGCAAUGGUGAAUUCAUCGUGGACGCAAACUUUUGGCUUAUCCUUCGCAUUGGUAUACCUAGUACCAUUUCAACCUUGGGAAACAUCACCUUGUUCUUGAUCUUAGACAGUCUCAGGAAGAAUGAUAACAUUGAUCCAGCGAGUCGAAUCUCCCUCUCAAGGUUCCCAAGACUCAUGCCAAUAGGUACCUACAAAUCUGAUGGAAAUUCUUCAGUAUGAUAUUCAAAUUCAUGGACUUUGACUUUGACUUUGAGUGUGACUUUAGUAUUCUCUUCCCUGAUCAGAAUUUAUUUAUAUUUUUCACAGCUUUGAAAUCGUAAUCUAUCUCAAUUUCUAACUUUCAUUACAAUCAACUUGUAUCAUUCCUUGAAGCUUCAGUACACUUUUAAGCUGUGUUAUUGGAGUUUUUAAAUCAUGACUCUCAUUUCCUCUUUACCCAUCACAAAGUUAAAUAUGUAUGAAGCCCAUAUUUGGACAUCAUUUAUUCAAUUUGAUAUCUAUUAGCGGGGUUCAAGUCGAAUGAAGUCAAACCCAAAAUGUGUUUUAGGCAUUGCUCGGAAGCCUUAAUUUAUAACUCACGUUUUAAAGCUCGCGAGUAGCUCUAGAGCCACUUGCAGGCUCUAAAACUAUAGGUUGAUACCUAUGAUUUUAAAAAGCUUGAUUUUUUUAUCAAGAAAAAAACUGUCUUUUUUUGUCUCAAGAAAAGGUGUAUGAGUUGUUUUUUGUUGCCUAACGGUCAUUUUUUUCCUACUUCUCUUUUGUUGAGUCCAUAACAGCAGAUACAAUGUACUUUUUUCCACAAUAUGUACCUUUGUCUCAAAGCUUGUUUUUUUCAUUAUUAGACGUAGUGGCCUAUGUUUAAACAAUUCUUACAAUAGGGGGUUUCAAGUCAGGAUAUAUUUGUCGAAUAUAUGAUGAAACGGACAAGUUUUCAAGAUUUUACAGUGUUUUUUUUUCUGCAAAUAUACGGUCAACAGC